UUGCGCAACGUUGCAAGGAAACAUGCCGUUCAAUCUGGUGUAAAAGGUUUUGAGAUUGAACUCGUGCCGAAAAGUGAUUGCCGUCCGCGGGAGCGCGCGCAGGUGAUUCGCCCAGUCUCUUUACGUCUACAGCUGCUUUUAUCUGGAUCAAACAGAUAUAACGUGCGAAUAAACAUCACUUUUUGUCCGUGGUGAUGGCAAAGGUGUGUGCGCCCUCUUUCAUACACAUGGCUCGUGUCUUUGUCUAUGGCACCCUGAAAAAGGGCCAGCCCAACUACAACCGUAUGUUGGACAGCGCCAAUGGUAAGGCGGAGUUCCUCGCCUCAGCCCGCACCACCCACAAAUACCCGCUAGUGAUCGCCGGGAAUUACAACAUCCCUUUCCUCCUCAACAUCCCUGACCAGGGUCACCAAGUCCAAGGAGAGAUAUACAAAGUGGACGACCAGAUGCUGACAUUCCUGGACGCCUUUGAAGGGGUUCCCACCAUGUACCAGCGGACUCUGGUCAAACUGGAGGUGAUGGAGUGGGCGGGGCAGACAGAGGGAGAGGAGAGGUUGGCAGCGGGAAGCGCCAUAGAGGCGUUCGUGUACAGCACAAUGGCGUACCAGCCUGACUGGCCCUCGCUGCCCAAGUACGAGAGCUAUGACGCGUAUGGAGAUCACGGGCUCGAGUAUGUGACCAGAGAAAGACGAGAGUGAUAUAGAUCCUGAGUAUAGGUAGCAAAUAUGAUCCACAAAGUCUUACCUCUGUACAAAUCAGAGCUCCAAGUAAUGUCAGUGGAGCAGUUACACAGUAACAUCACACUUAAUCACUUUGACAUAUGAAGGUAAAAAUAUUGGAAAUUCAUAUUUCUAUUUUUAUAUAAAGGGAGUAAUUACUAAGGCAGGGAAUAAUCGUAAAGUCGACACUGGAGUCUUGGUAACUUCUAGUUAAUUUGUAACUAAAUCAGCUACUAAAAUUGGUUGCACCACGGUUACUUGGGUCAUAACCUGACUAGUUUAGACGUAAAGUUGUAAUGAAGGCCAAUCAACGAUCAAAGAUAAGAAGUCCAGCGUCAUGGUUACUGUGUGCUAUAGCGUUCUGGUUGGCAUUAGCCACUUGUCAUCGUAGCACAUCGUAGUAAAGUUAGACCAAUAUUGAACCAUAUCAAUAAAUUAAGUCUACUGUGUUGCAAACUGACAUGCAGUUAAUGAAAAAUGAUGCCAUGUGGCAGAAAGGCUGCAGUUUUAGCAUUAGUAAAGACUUAAUUUUGUGAUUUACACUUGCCCUGGGUCAUGUGUAACUUAUCUCCAUGGUGCAACUGCUUUUAUUUCACAGAUAGUUGACAUUAUAACUAGGCUAGGUUUGGACUUAAGCACAGGUGGUGCAACAGGCUGCGGGUCCCGUUCUCUUUAAUAAACUAUUUGAGCAGAUGACUUACACCAUGUAGAGCCAGUUCUGUGUUACAUUUUUCAUCCAUAAAACAGGUUUGACAAAAACAUUCCAAGAAAACACUUGAAGCUUCCCGCUCAUCCUUAUACCACCACCGUUGUACCUGCGAUUACUUUCUGUUUUCCUUGGGAAAAAAAGUCUUUCCACAAUCUUCCUCUAUGUUGUGUUGUUCUGAUCCCAUCUGGGAUUGUGUACCUAUGAAAACUAGAUAAAAACAACAAAAAAUAAAACCGAUCAAAUUCUGA